CCUAAUGUAAAUUUCAUCUAGUGUGGAGUUAAACAAUAUGAAAGUAUUUUAAAAAGAAAAUUAACAGAAUUAUUUUAUUACUCCAUAUGUGAGGCAGUGGAAAUUCUUGAUGAUGACGGUGGCAUCGCUGCUAGUGAAAACAAAACACUUGAUUUUUUCUCAAGUACAUGAGCUUGACAUAAAAUGUGGAAUAUGAUGUGUGACGUGAUGCCAACAAUAUCGGAGGAUAGUAUCUCUCAACGCUCCUCACAAUUUAGCGGGGAAGAUGCCAACUUCGAACAGCUUAUGGUUUCCAUGCUCGACGAGCGUGACAAGCUAAUGGAUAGUCUACGAGAGGCUCAAGAACGUCUAAGUGAAACUGAGCAAAAGUUACAUGAAAUUGAGAAAGAAAGAGACAGUUUGCAACGCCAAAUUAAUGCAAAUUUGCCACAAGAAUUUGCUACUUUGACCAAAGAGCUUACCCAGGCCCGUGAAACGUUAUUAGAGCGAGAUGAAGAGAUUGGUGAACUUAAAGCUGAGCGGAAUAAUACCAGAUUGCUCCUAGAGCAUUUGGAAUGUUUAGUAUCGCGCCAUGAACGUUCCUUACGCAUGACUGUGGUAAAACGUCAAGCGGCUGCUCAAAGCGGUGUAUCAAGCGAAGUCGAAGUUUUGAAAGCUUUGAAAAGUCUGUUUGAACAUCACAAAGCCCUAGAUGAAAAGGUACGCGAACGUCUCCGACUUUCUAUAGAGCGUAACAAUGUAUUAGAGGAAGAACUUAAUUCAACCAAAGAGGAGUUGCAGCAAUAUAAAUCUGGUGCAACCCAAGCCACGCGAGACGUUCAUAGCGAAAAUGGAAUAAAUGAGCAAAGUUCAGUAGUAAUUAAUGGUGAAAGCAAUGAAUCUUCUUCCUCAUCGUCAGUAGCCAAUGAUUAUAUUGCAAAAACGCAUGAGCUUCAGACCAUAAUUGAAAAGCAGACUUCGGAAUUGUCACAAUGGCAGCGUAGGGUCUCAGAUUUGAAUAGCAAAAUUAAUGAGCUCGAAGAAAAUCUAUCCAAAGUUCAGAAGGAUUAUUGCAAAUCUCAGGAACAAUGCUCGAAAUUGCAGAGAGACUUACGCGAAAAUGUAGCACAAAAGGAAGACCAAGAAGAACGUAUAGCCACGCUGGAGAAACGAUACUUAAAUGCACAACGCGAAUCCACCUCCUUGCAUGAUUUAAAUGAGAAAUUAGAGCAAGAGCUUAGACACAAGGAGGCUCAGUUGAAGUUACACGAGGAGAAAAUAAGUGCUAUUGAAGAAAAAUUGGAAUUAUCUGAACAAAAAUUGGCUCAACAGGCUAAGAUGCAGCCGGAUAUGGAGGAACAACUAAAAGCUCGCAUGGAAGCUUUAACAAAGGUAGGAAACAAGGCACAAGAACGUCACGGUUCAGCUGAAGAUCGCAUACAAAGGUUGGAGGCGAAUUUAGAGGAGAAAAAUGCCGAAAUAGUGAGACUGAAUCAAAGACUUAAAAUGAAUGAAGAACACAAUCUGCGACUAUCAUCUACCGUCGACAAAUUGCUCUCUGAGUCGAACGAACGCUUGCAAGUUCAUUUGAAAGAACGUAUGCAUGCUCUGGAUGAAAAGAACGCUCUCACUCAGGAACUAGAGAAAGCCCGUAAAGUCGCAGAAGAGCUACACAACGAGAAAAGCGAGAUUAUGAAAGAGUUAUCGAAAACUCGACUCGAAAUCGAGAAUUUUAAGCGACAGCUAUUGCAGCAGGAAAUUGCCUACAACAUACAACAAACGGAGGCUUUGACACGUAGCUUAUCGCCCAGCAGCGUUGUCGAUGGUACAGCCCAGGCCUUUUCGCGUAGUGCUUCUCAUGCCAGCUUCGAUGCUCAUUCACUAAGGCGCAAUAAAUCUCGUCUGCAAGAGGAGAGUGAGAAAUUUGCCCGGUCUAUGGCCGAACAAGAAUGGGAGAAAUUGCAACAGGCCCAUGCUCAACAAGCAGCAUAUGAAAUAUCAGCCGCUGUGGCAGCAGCUGAAUGUGAAGAUGCUGACGCCCUAUUCGCUGCUAGCGAUAUGAUGUCACCUACCGGACAUACAGAUGCUCAGACCUUAGCAAUGAUGUUGCAAGAACAAUUGGAUGCCAUAAAUAAUGAAAUUAGAUUAAUACAGGAAGAAAAGCAAUCUACAGAAGCUCGUGCGGAAGAAUUAGAAUCACGAGUGGGUAGUUUAGAGCAUGUGAAUUUAUUGGCUCGCGGUCGUUCUAUGGAUCGUCAAAGUCCACCUAUGAGUGGUCGCAGUACACCAAAUAGUCCAAACCGAGAUUUUAUGCAAAAAUAUCAUACGCUUAAUUUGCCUGUUCUCUCGAAUGAUGUAUCGCGAGACGAUUUGCAUGGAAUGGCUUCUACGACUGGUGAUUCCAGUUCAGGAGGCGCCGCAUCACCCCUCACUGCACGUUCGAUGCGGUUAGAACGUGUGGCUCAAGCUUUAGCUCAUAGUCAAGAAGAGCUGCGUAGACGCUCAAUGGGUCUUUCACCUAAUCAACAAAUGCCCAAUAAUGCUGGACACAUGACUAUACCACAUACGGGCUACGGUCUGUCCCCAUUAAGUUCACGUUAUGGUAGUCAAGAGUCCUUAACGCGUCAUUUUAAUACCAUGGGUUCUAUGUCUAUGCUGCAAACACCUACAAACGCGGUGGGACGUGACGUUGUUUCGGUUGUUCAAAAGAAGAAAGGUAUUAAAUCCAGUUUAGGUAGAUUUUUCAGCAAAAAAGAGAAAGUUAAAGGGGUAAAGGAUACACUGCCUGAUGGAUCUCCUAGCAUGAUGUCCAUUGGUAACCUUUCAAUUGGAUUGAGUGAAACAGAGUCCACCUAUGAAGGAGCUGGUGUAGUGCCGCGAUCCAAAGCAUUGUUUAUGGACUAUGGCAGGCAGAAAAAAGAUCACGAUUAUCGCAAUGAUUUAUUGGGCGAAGCCAUGAAAGCAGGAACACCGUUCGCGUUAUGGAACGGUCCCACAAUAGUAGCUUGGCUAGAAUUAUGGGUAGGCAUGCCGGCCUGGUACGUUGCCGCUUGUAGAGCUAAUGUUAAAAGUGGUGCCAUCAUGAGUGCGCUUAGCGAUACUGAAAUACAACGGGAAAUUGGCAUUAGUAAUCCUUUGCACAGAUUGAAAUUACGUCUUGCCAUACAGGAAAUGGUUUCAUUAACAUCACCCUCGGCACCCCAAACCUCACGUACAACGUUAGCAUUUGGUGAUAUGAACCAUGAGUGGAUUGGCAAUUACUGGCUAUCUACUUUAGGUUUAGCACAAUAUCGCACAACUUUCAUGGAAUGCUUAGUAGAUGCUCGGAUGCUUGAUCACCUCACUAAGAAGGAUUUGAGAGGCCAAUUGAAAAUGGUGGAUAGUUUUCAUCGCACCAGUCUUCAGUAUGGCAUCUCUUGCCUAAAGCGUCUCAACUACGAUCGCAAUGAGCUGGAGCGACGACGAAAAAUGUCUGAACAUACCAUGAGCGAUGUUUUAGUGUGGAGCAAUGAAAAAGUCAUCCACUGGGCUAUUGCCAUUGGUGUGAAGGAAUACGCUAAUAAUUUGUUGGAGUCUGGAGUACAUGGCGCAUUAAUAGCUCUAGAUGAAAGUUUUGAUCACAAUGCGAUGGCUUUGGCUUUACAGAUACCCACGCAAAAUAUACAGGCUCGCCAAAUAUUGGAAACGGAAUUUAUAAAUCUUUUAAAAAUGGGCACAGAUCGACGACCUGAAAAUGAACAACUAAAUAAAUCCUGAUCCAAUUUUUCCCCAUCUCCCCCUAAUUCUUUAGUCGAUGAGUAGUAGUAUCGUUUAGAAAACCUUAAGGUUUUCUUAAAGUAAAAACACAAAACAAGAAAAAAGCACACAUAUAAUGUGGUGACAUUGAAAAUGCUCGGGGGAGACGUUUUCGAUAUACAACACUACGCAUAACUCCAUGAUAAAAUUACAUUAAGAAGCCUUGAAGUCUACGUGUUCAUGUUAAAACCAAAAUCUAUUUAUAAGACGAAAGGAAAAGAUAUCCGGUGACGUAAAUACUUAACAACAGCAACAAUAACAAAAAAAAAAAAAAAAAAAGAAAGUAUUUUAGUAAGAGAAACCUUAACGUAUUUAUAUAGACAUAUUUACACUCAUACACACAUGUAAUCUUAAUCCUAUAGCUCUUCAUUACACAUUUAAUAUUUAGAAUCAAAAGAAAUUAAUGUACGGUUGGAACUGUUGCAUAAAAGCAGGAAACAGAAAGAAAUCGCCUAUUUUACAAAACAUACACCUUCACAUGUAAUAUGGUUUUAACCAGAAGAAGUCUUUGAAUAUAAUUACAAGUUAAUAAAUGUUGGGAGAUAAAAUUCAUCAAAAAGUAAUUGAAAUGACAUAGCGAAUGGUAAUAUUUAUUCAUUGAAGUAUUGAUAAAAUCAAGAAAAAGAAAACAAGCAAAUAUCCCAUCCUCCAAAGCAUUCAAUCCAAUUGUAAGAUGUAAAAAAUAUUCAUUUAAUAUUAUUGUAUAAACAAUCUGAUAAACACAACGCAAACACUAAAAGCAAAGAAACAAGAAAAACAGAAAAAAAAACCAUUCAACUAAUUUGAAAUGAAAGCUUUAAUAGAAAAGGCAUCUAUCUAUCUUUCUUUAAUCUACAAACAUAGAUCUCGACCUAUAUAAAAACCAUAAGCAACAAUAACUAACUAUACCUUUUAUGAGCAUGCACAGGUGUCCCGGUUAAUAAUGUGAGUUUUAUGAGCAAAGAAAAGACAAUUUCAAGGGAAACGUGAAAACGUUUUCUUUUUUUUUUUUAUUAUUUUCAAAAUAACUAUCCACAUAUUUAAUAUUAGCUCUAUACGUCUCGGCAUUGUUCAACUCUCUUGCAAUUGUCUUCUUUGCAACAAAAACUGUAUGUGAUCCAAACAUGUAAUAAUCUGAAGAGGCCGAAAGCUAAUAAGUGAAGAAAAGAAUUUUAUUCUUCCAUAUUUAUUUUGUUCGUUAUAUAAUUAUAGAUCGUUUGUUUGUGAUCUCGACAGACAGUAUAAAAUGUCCUUUAGAAACUUUAUAAAACUUUCAUUUAUACUUGAUUUUUUUGUGCAAAAUCACAAUUUUCUUAAACAACAUCUAGUUUAGUAGCAUUCUGUUCAUAAUAAUAGUGUUUUGAAGAUCAACAUUUUUAAAUGUAGAAAAAAACUGUGAUGGCAUCAUAUUACUUGUUAGUACAUACAUGUAUGUAUUCAAAAUUAAAUUCACAUUAUUAACUAAAACACCUGGUAUAUAAGAAGAAUGUUUAAGAAUUUUUCUGCUAACAAUGAACAAAAUACUAUUAAGCAAAAUGUGCAAAUUUAUUGGAAAUUUAAGGACAAACAAUAAUAAUAAUAAAUUUUUACAUACGUUAAUUUAUACUGAAAACCUCAAAUUCAAUAAUAACAGAAUAUUUUAAAAAAUAUUUUCGAAUUGUUUCCGACUUUUUCUUUUCGAUUUUUGUUAAUUAAAAAAAAAAAAAAAAGUUAAUAAAUAAAGUGAUUAGAAGACAUAUAUUAACUAGGAAAAAGUUGUUAAAUCGUUUUUAAUUUUAUUUAUUUUGUUUUGUGUGAUUUAAUCAUUAUAUGUUUAAUUAUAUGUGUAGUUUUAAAUCCGUUUAUUAUUAUUAUUAUUAUUGCUAUUAUUUAUUGCUUAAUUUUUAACAGUUCUCAA